UUUCUACAUCUUCCUCCACUCAACGCUCUCCUCCGUGACCGCGAGGGGGUCUUGACUUUCGACCAUUCUCACACUUAGAGCUGCAUCGCGCGAAACCGGGCUUCUGUGCAGAUCUCGGCAGCUCCCAUUCUUUUCGUAUUCGGCGGGGCAUCGUCGGCGACGGUCAGCUCCGUAGCGACGGCACAACUGCGAAGCAUUCAUACAGCAGCCCCAAUACUAACGCCCUUAUACGCCGCCGAAGAUGGUUCGCGAGCCGGAACUCAACUUGUACGAGCUGGACGUGCCGUUCGUAGUAUACGGCUCUCACCGUUUCCUGCCGGAAGAAGAGGACGAGAUAAACUUCGAAGUUGGGGAAGCUAUUGUCGUUAUGGAGAGGGACGAGCUGUACUCUGACGGUUGGUGGAAGGGUCGUAACCGUGCGGGCAAAACCGGUCUGUUUCCCAAAAACUUUGUCUCUUACGAACCACCAACGGCGAAACCAGGAACAGCACCAGCGGCAGUCGUUCCGGAGGGGGCCAAAAGCCCCGCGCCAGUGAAAAGCGUCGUAAACGCAGUUAGCGCCCCUCUCGAAACCCAACGAACAUCUAACCCGUUCCAUAGCAAACGCUCGUCAUCAUCACACAGCGACUAUCGUUACUCAGCAUCAGUCCUAGCCGGACUACGGGAACCCGUUAUUCAGGAAGGAAAAGCAUCCUCGGCGCAGUCGAAAAAUCAUGUGAGGCAUCCCAAAGAUUGGCGUCCGCAAGAAGUGGAAGAGUGGCUCGUGAAGGAGGGGUUUGCAUCCGCUAUCGACGUUUUCAGAGAAAACCAAAUCGGUGGGGCUCGGUUGAUGGAAAUGAACCUAUCAACCUUACGCGACCUAGGCAUGGAAUCCCUGAACGACCGCAUCAACAUCCUCCACUCCAUCCUUGCUCUCCGAGAGGAGUAUGCUGAUCGGGUGGAUCAGCUCUCUUCCAGACUCUCACAAUCCCGGAUCUCCUCCAACCGCACCUCGUUUGCGGAACACCGCACCUCCAUCAUCACCCCGCAACGGACUUCCUCGUUUCUGCAGCAAAACGUACCGUUGGCACCCGCUGCUGAGUCUGAUUCACACCGAUAUUCCGUAUCGACGAUGACGAGGGAUGCACUGAAUGGCACCAAGGAGAGACCUACGAACACGACGCGGGAUGACACGACUGAUUCCGGCAAAGCAGCCAAUCACUUAUCGAUGGACAGAUCUGUGUCGCAGAGAAUUCCUUAUAACGAGCAUUUACAAGAUCUGAACGAUACAAUAACAUCACGUGAAGAGAUUCCGACUGUCAUCGACCGCGAUCUUCGCAAACCGGCAUCCGACUUUACUCUGAGUGACUACUACUACGCCAACGAAGGAGGCGUGCUGACCCUGCAACGACGGCUGAAAUCACAAGGCGAUGAACAGCUUGAGAAACCUGCACCCGCACCAAGACGCGACUCGUUGAACCAUCACAACGAGGGUGGACGCGAACCUGCCAGUUCAGGAAAGGAGAAUCACUCCCCACCAAUCCCCUCUCAGCGCUCGGAUAGCAAUGCUGGGAACAUGGGCUCUUUUGGCCGCCAGCCUUUGACGCGGCCGAUGGACAGCGGUCCCAGCCCUUCUAACAACAACAUUCUGCAGAGCGGAUAUCACAGCCAACAGGGCUACCGUGACUCGGAACUACCUCCACCACCGCCACCGAAGAAUGAUUUGAAACCUCCACUGUGGCAAAGCAACGUUGGAAACCUGAAUACCAGCCCACCAAACGACCAACUGCACGCAAUCAUCUCGAAGACAACGUCACCACCUUCUGGCGGGCGGAAUGGCGGACCCAGACGCAUCGUCUCCCAUGCGAAACAGCGACAGCAAAUGAUGAUGGCGCAGCAUAUUCCUCCCGAGGAGAUUGUUGAUGGGCUCAAACAUUUUGGUGCCCCGGAUUACGACGGAGAGCUGCACGUGAGGAGCUGGGAGACGGGCCGAUGGAAGAAACGGUGGUGUGUCAUCGAUGCUGGGGCGUUGUGGAUUCUCAAGUCUAGGGAGGUCCCAAAGCUGACACUACGCGUGCCAUUAACCGAAAACACGCAAUUCCUACCGUCCACAUCAACGCCUGCCCACAAAUUCACCUUCCUUCUGCAAUCCGUCGCAAUGCGCCUUCAAUUCGCAGCCGAAUCUCAACUGUCCAUGGUCACAUGGCUUAACAACCUCGUCCGAGCAGGGCAGAACAGAGAGCGCACACGGCCCAUGCAGCUCAUCCCAAUCAAAGCCGACCCCGAGGUCGUCGCUAAAGAGAUCGAAGAACACAACAGGCGAAGCACAGGCGUCGCCGCAGCCAUGGACUCCCUGACGCGGAACUCCGGCAAAAUGCGUUCGGGACCAGGUCCCGCCUCGGCGCAGGCAUAUGCACCCCGCCUGACAUUGCAGACCCAGCCAAGCAGCUCACACUCGGACGCCAGCUCGGGAAGGCGGCCACAUACCGCUGAAUACCACCCUCCGUCUUCCGCGGGCUCGUCCGGCGCGUCGCCCAUGGGCAAUCUACUCAGCAGGUUCGGAUCGCAAAGCAAACGCGACCGAGAACAACGAGCCGGCCACCCAUUCGCUACAGAGUUAGCCGCCGCCCGAAUGCCCCAUGGACCUUUCAGUUCCUCCGCGACCGAUCUUAGAUUGAAUGCUCGGGGAAAUGCUAGCGACCAGCAUUUGCCCUCGCAGGUAUACCACCCCGAGCGCCACGAUGCGCAGCGCCUGAGCUCUGCCGGGUCGCCCGAACACGCGUGGUGAUCAUGAAACGCACCACAUCAAGCAAGCACCUACGGGAUGAU